CACACACACACACAGAGAGAGAGAGAGAGAGGGGGGAUACAGGUCCGUCUCCAUGUUGAGCUCUGUGUGUGUUUUGUUUCUGGACGCGUUGGACGAGCGACGCGCCGCGGUUCAUCACUGAUGGAGGAAGGCAAACGCUGACGCGGCGAUGGGCUCCGAAUCUCUCCACGACUGUCUGCGCGGGCGGUGUCUGGGCGUCCUCCGACGGAUGGAGAUCAACUCCCGCUUCCGCUAUUACUUCCAGCACCCCUGGUCCCGCCUGGUCGUGGCCUACCUGGUCACCUUCUUCAACUUCCUGAUCUUCGCCGAGGACCCGGUGUCUCACAGCCAGACGGAGGCGCACAUGAUCGUGGUGGGGAACUGCUUCUCGUUCGUGCUCAACAAGUAUCCCGGAGGAGGGUGGAACGUCCUGAAGGUGCUGAUGUGGAUCCUGGCCAUCAUCACGGGCCUCAUCGCCGGGAAGUUCCUGUUCCACCGACGCUUGUUCGGUCGUCUCCUGCGUCUGAAGAUGUUUCGUGAAGACCACGGCUCUUGGAUGACCAUGUUUUUCAGCACCAUUCUCUCCCUCUUCAUCUUCUCUCACAUCUAUAACCUCAUUCUGCUCAUGAGCGGACGGAUGGGGCCUCACAUGGUGACGGAGUACAUGGGCAUCAGGAACGAGAGCUUCAUGAAGAUGGCCGCUGUAGGGACCUGGAUGGGGGACUUCGUGACGGCGUGGAUGGUAACAGACAUGAUGCUGCAGGACACUCACUAUCCAGACUGGGGCCGGGCCAGACACUUGUGGAGACGGGGCCACAACCGCAUCGUUCUGUUCUGGACGGUGCUGAUCUCUCUGACCUCUGUGGUGGUUCUGGUCAUCAGUACAGACUGGAUCAGCUGGGAUAACCUGAACCGGGGCUUUCUUCCGAGUGACGAGGUCUCCAGAGCGUUCCUGGCCUCCUUCAUCCUCGUCUUUGACCUCCUCAUCGUCAUGCAGGACUGGGAGUUUCCUCACUUCAUGGGCGAUCUGGACAUGAACCUCCCGGGUCUUUCCACCACGCAGCUGAAGAUCAAACUGCCCGUCUGCAAGCGCAUCUUUAAGGAUGAGUACCACAUCCACAUCACGGGGAAAUGGUUUAAUUACGGAAUCAUUUUCCUGGUCCUCAUCCUGGACCUCAACAUGUGGAAACACCAGAUCUUCUACAAGCCCUAUGAAUACGGUCAAUACGUAGGUCCAGGAGAGAAGAUCUACACCGUGGAGGAUCCGGAGACUCUGCGCUGGACGUACGUCCAGGGAGAGCGCUCCACCAACAUGUUUCUUCACAACCGUGCGCUGUUUCUUCACAGCCGCUACGUGGGCGCCAGUCUGGACGUCAAAUGCCUGGCCUUCAUUCCGAGUCUGGCGGCCUUCGUGCUCUUUGGGUUCUUCAUCUGGCUGUUCGGACGCUUCCAAGACAGCGAGACCUUCCAUGAGAAUCAAGACAAGAGCUAUGAGCGCAUCAAACGCAAGUCCCCGUCCGAUCUGGGAGUCACGCCGGAGGAGGCGCACAUUACCAUGAGCGAGGCCUUGAAGAGGAGCGGGACGCCCAUGCUGCUUCUGGUGGACACUCAUCAUUUUGGGUCGUCAAACAACUCUAUGUCGCCGUGUUCGAACCAAACCCAGGAGACCCAACCCAGUGUAACCGUCGACAGCUGCGCCCAUGAGGACACAGCUGAUGUCAAAAAACUGACCCCAUGACCGUAGCCAAAGGUCAAAUCGACUUUCUGAGAUCCUACAGACUUUCAAAGUGGAUUGGCGCCCAAAGUCCUCACAGACUCUACCUUGAAUUUUUUAUUUUUAUAUCAAGCGAUCUUGCACUGCGCACCAACUUUCUGAACCUUUUCCACGUUCCUCAAGGACAUUGGUCUAUGGUGCUGGAUGUUUGACUUUUCUAUGUCUUUUUUUAUGUAGAUACUCUUGUGCCUACAUGGAUGAAAUGCUGUCCUCACAGUGAACGCAUGGCAUGAUGGUCAUGAAAAAUACUUGUAAUGAACACCUAAAUCUGUGCCUUCAUUAAUAAUAAUAAUAAAAAAAAAAAACUUGAAGGCAGUGCUGGGUAGAUUAUUUACAAAUUGCAGUCUGUUAUUCAUUCUGAAUUAAGUGAAAAAAAAUUGUAGUUAGUAACGUUAUCCAUUACAUUGCGCUUUUAGGUAAUAUAAUCAGACUACUUUUAAUCUAACUUAUCACAUUGAUUUAUAUAGGAUAUUCGUGUACCAUAUUUAUAUAAAAAUACAAAUAGUAAGCAAAUAUAUUGCAUUUGUAAUUAUUAACAGCAUGAAGUGCAUUGAAACAUUGUAAGGUUUCCCAAACUGGAUUUUGUGAAGGAACUGUUUAUUAAUAGCUAAUAAUUAAUUCAUUCCUUAAAAUGUAAGCUAAGCUAAAAUAAAACACUGACUAAAACUUACCUGGAUGUCAUGUGACCAUUAGCCGACUUCAAGGGAUGCAAAAGUUCAUAAAUACAGAGAUCAAAUGCCAUUUUUGGGUCAGUGUCUAAACUGGAAGACUUUCUGAUUGUCUGUAAGUUUUAGAUUGUUUUAGAAAGAAAAAAACUAACUAAAAAGACUAUUUAGGUAGAAUCAAUCAAUUCUGGACAGUUUUUUGCUAUUGCAAUUGUAAAAAAUAAAAGUUACUUUCUGGUUACGGUCUAAUUUUAAAAUGUAAUCUAAUACUAAAUACUUAACUUUUGGAAUUUGUUACAUAAUCCAGAAUACAUCAGUUACUACCCAGCACUGAUGGUAGGUUGCCAGAUUAUUAUGCGUUGAGCUAUUAAUCAGUUAUUUAACCACCAAACUGCUGUGCGACCAAAUACGUUCACAUGCAUGUAUGGGAAAAUCUGACUUAUCUUGAGAAUUAGAAUUAGAAUAUAUGCACUUGUUAUGCUUCAUUUCAGGUUCAGCCAAAGCAAAAACCGAUUCCUUUGUCUUUUAUACGUGUGUGGUUUUGAAAUCUUUGUUUUCCCAUCAUCUGACCUGUGGGAUUUUCUGAUGAGCGGAUGAACCCCUCUCAAAAUGUUUGGCCGGUAAAUAUCAGAUUUACUUGCGCCAAACCCCGUUAUCAAUAAAGACCUUCUUCUGAAA